AUGUACAACCACAACAACAACAACAACGGCCGGCUGCCGGUCCACCGCGAGCCCAACAAGCCGCCGCCGAUCGAGCGCCACCACACGGCCCGCUACAUCGCCCACCGCGUCCGCGAGAGCCUCACGACCCGCGUCUCAAAAGUCAUCUGCUCCAUCUUCCUCACCAUCCUCCUCGUCGCCGGGAUCGUCGCCUUCGUCCUCUGGCUCAGCCUCCGGCCCCACCGCCCCCGGUUCUUCAUCGAGACCUUCUCGGUCCCCGGGCUCGACCAGCCGGGCGGGUUCCAGAACGCCCAGGUCCGGUUCAAGGUCACGGUCCGGAACUCGAACCAGCACAUGGUGUUCCACUACGGGGCCAUGCAAGGCGCGGUGUUCUACAAGGACCAGCAGAUCGGGUCCGCCCGGCUGACCGAACCGUUCGACCAGGGGCCGAAGACCACGAAGGUUUUGGACGAGGUUCUGACCGGGGCGACCCUGACGGUCAGCAGCCAGCGGUGGGCCGAGUUUCAAGGGGACCGGUCGCUGGGCAAGGUGCCGUUUCGGUUGGAUAUCACGGCGACGAUCAUGUUCAAGGUGUCCACGUGGCGGAGCGAGACGCAUCGGAUGCAUGCCAACUGUGAUGUGGAUGUGGGGCCGGACGGGUCGAUCUUGCCGAUUUUUAGGUCGAAGAGGUGUCCGGUCUAUUUCACUUAA